AUGACUAAAUCAUUAAAUACUGUGAAUGAUGAAAAAGCAUCAAAUAAUGUAAAUAACAAUACGGACAAAUCUAUUCACAAUGAAAUUAUUUCACAAGAUGCAAAUAACACCUCCUUUACAUCCUCUUCAUCUAUCAAACUGCAAGUUACUGGAGAAAAGUCUAUGUUCCAAUCUGCUAUUGGUGGAAUCAUAUCGUGUGUUGGAGGUGCUGUCGGUACGGGAAAUAUCUGGCGCUUUCCACGUGUUUUAGCAACUAACAGCCAUUCUGGCGGUGCAUUAACAUUUUACAUAAUAUGGAUUUUAAUCCUAUUUUUUUGGUCUAUCCCCAUUCUUAUUGUGGAAUAUUCACUUGGGCGAUUCACCAGAAAUUCUGUCCCAUUGGCGUUUUGUAAAUUUUUUGGACAAAAUUUCUUUUGGUUAGGCGCUUGGAUGGUUACAGUUGUUUUCUUUUUGAGUUGUUAUUAUCCUGUUGUCCUUGGAUGGUGUAUCUAUUACUUCUACAUAUCAUGUGCCUAUUCUUUACCGAAAACUGAAGAAGAAAGUUUAUCAAUUUUCAAUAAUUUUACAGAGCACUCGUACUGGCCAGUAUUUACUCAGUUUCUGGCAGUUGCCUUAAGUGGUAUUUGUUUAGCUGGAGGAGUUAAAUGGAUUGAAAAAGCAAAUAUUAUUCUUGUUCCACUGUUGUUACUUAUCAUUCUUUUCAUGUUUGGUUGGGCAAUAACGAGACAGUAUGCCGAAAUCGGAAUAACAUUUUUAUUCACUCCAUCAUGGAGUACUUUUACAAAUCCCACUCUAUGGAUUGCAGCUGCAGGUCAAAAUGCUUUUGAUACAGGCUCUGGAAUGGGUAUAAUGGCAACCUAUUCUACAUUUAUGUCACGAGAUUCUAGAAUAGUAGCGUAUAGUUUCCUCAUCCCUAUAAUAAAUAAUCUUGUAAGUUUAUAUGCAUCCAUAACAAUAUUUUCAACUGUGUUUUCUACAAUCAUACAAACAAAUCCUACAGUUACCCGUUCAGCGAUUGUAAGAAUUAUAAAAACAUCUGGUCCUGGAAGUACAGGACUUACUUUCACUUGGAUACCUGUUCUGUUUUCAAAAUUCGGUUUAUUUGGUCGCAUUUUGUGUGCAUUCUUCUUUCUGUGUCUAGUUUUUGCUGGAAUAAGUUCAUUACUGUCAAUAACUCAAAUCGGUGUACUUGCAAUGAAAGAAUUGAAUGUACCUCAUAGAUCAGCCGUUGCUAUUGCCUUAAUUGCGUCAGCGCUUAUUGGUGUGCCUUCAGCAGUGUAUCUUGACUUUUUAACAAAUCAAGACAAUACAUGGGGAUAUGGACUUGUGAUAUCUGGAUUUUUAUUUUGUCUAUUAGUUAUUGUUUAUGGCCCAAACCGUUAUCGACGUGUUCUUAUUAAUGAUUUUGGUAUAAACGAUUGUCAUCUAUCAGUUUUUUGGGUUCCGCUAAUAGCAUUUUUAGUCCCUUUGCAAUCACUUGCACUGUUAGGCUGGUGGAUUUAUGAAUCGAUAACUACAGAUCCAAAUUGGUUCCACCUAAAUUGGAAUUCAUUGUUAACAACAGUGUUGGAAUGGUUCAUUGCAAUGGUUGUUCUAUUAAUUUUGAAUUGGAUACUUUGUCGAACAAACAUACUAAGUAAAGCUUUAAAUAAAGCCAAAGGUUGUGAUCCAUAUAAUCCAGCAACUUAUGAAAAUACCGAUGACUUUGAAAUGGAAAAUAUCACUAUUAUUACUAAAGAAUCUUAUAACAUCAACGAUAAAACAAUUCUGAGUCGUUUAUGA